CUGUGAAAAUGGACAUUAAGUUUGGUUAAUCUACAAAUCUGUAGGACAUUUGGAUAAAAUUACAACCGAGUGAAACAAGAGCUGUGAAGUUGGAACGGGAAAUGCCCUCUAAAAUAUACUAGAGUAACCAGGGAUAGUUUCUGAUAAAAAAAAAAUUCCUGAGCAAACGGAAAUGAUUUCUGGAUAGACAACAGUAUCUGAGCAAAAAUGGUUUCUGCACAAAAACAGUCGUUCCCGGGCAAACGGCAAAGUUUCUGAGUAAAAAUUAGUUUCUGAGCAUACAACAGUAGUUUUAAAGCAAACAACAAAAGGUCCCGAGAAUGAGAGAAAUGGUUUUUGAAUAAUCAAUAGUUUCUAAACAGUCGGCAAACGUUCCGGUGAAAAUAGUUAUACUGUUUGAGCAAACGAUGUAUAGUUUCUGAGGAAAGAACAAUGGCUUCUGAGGAAAGAAUAAUGGCUUCUGAGGAAAGAACAAUGGCUUCUGAGCAAACAACAAUGUCUUCUGAGCAAACAACAAUAAUUUCUAAGCAAACGACUGUAUAGUUUCUGAGCAAUCAGCAAUGGUUUCUGAGCAAACGGCUGUAUAGUUUCUGAGCAAACAAAAGUGGCUUGUGAGCAAACAACAAUGAUUUCUGAGCAAACUAUUGUAUAGUUUCCGAACAAACAAAAGUGACUUCUUGGCAAACAACAAUGGUUUCUGAGUAAACAAUGUCUUCUGAGCAAACAACAAUGGUUUCUGAGCAAACGAGUGUAUAGUUUCUGAACAAACAAAAGUGUCUUCUUGGCAAACAACAAUGGUUUCUGAGUAAACAACGUCUUCUGAGCAAACAACAACGUCUUCUGAGCAAACAACUGUAUAGUUUCUGAGCAAACAACAAUGUCUUCUGAGCAAACCGCAAUAGUUUUUUGAGCAAACAACUGUAUAGUUUCUGAGCAAACAAAAGUGGCUUCUACGCAAACAAUAAUGGCUUCUGUGCAAACAACGAUAUCUUCUACAGCAAUCAUUUCUGAGCAAACGACAACAGUUUCUAAACAGCUGAUUGCCGAGGGAUGGUGUAAUGGCGAUGGCGAUGGCGAGACUGCUCGACUACUGGACACGAAUGCGCCAAACGUUUGUGGAGAACGGUAUACUGCAGACCAAACGAGUGGCAACAGUUCCCUACAGACGAUACACGUAUAUGGUGUUCGUUGGUAUGUUCUUGGCCUGUUUUCAUUUUUCAGCCUUGCACAGUCUUUGAUUUGGAACUGUUUUGGUCCCAUUUCGCAAUCGGCCAAACUCGUGUUUGACUGGACAGACGGCACUAUAGGGAUGUUCCCAAACGCGUCGAAUAUUGCCAAUAUCAUUUGUAUGGUGCCCUUUGCCUACCUCAUGGAUGUAAAAGGUCUGAGAGUCUCUGUGCUCGGGUGUUGUUUUAUGAUGGCUGUCGGAGCCGGUCUGCGAUGUAUAACUAGUCAACCCACACCAGCUACAUGGCUUAUUAUGAUAGCCCAAAUAUUAAAUGGAAUAUCCGGCACUGUUGCAUUAGCAGGCCCGCCCCUCGUGUCAGCCACGUGGUUUCCAUCCAGUCAAAGGGCUACAUCAACUGCCAUCUCAUCUAUAUUUUCGUCUUUCGGCGUGGCCACAUCCUUUCUUGCUGGUGAGAACAAACUACUUUAA